AUGGUUCAAAAAGUGUUCUCGAUUGAGGUAACUUCAGCGCAGCCCGGGGAAACGUCUGUACGUCGUGGGAUUCUGUCUCCCAAAGAGUUGGUGAAGAGUCCGGCCGAAGGCGUGAACACGCUUUUUGACAUCUUGGAGUACGCAGCGGCCACGUACGGCGAUCGUCCUGCAUUCGGUCGACGACAUUUAGAGAAGACAUUCGAAGAGGAGAAAGAAAUUGCACGCACGGUGAACGGCGAAGAAAAGAGAGAAAAGAAGACAUGGACGUAUUUCCAGCUGAGCAAAUAUGAGUAUUUCUCUUUCAAGGAAGGACUGGCGACUGCCAAAACCGUCGGCGCAGGUCUCAAACACCUCGGAUUAACUUCCAACGAUAAAACUCAAUUCUUUGCUUCCACAAGUUUCGAGUGGAUGAUGAUGGCCCACGGAUGCUUCUCUCAAGCUAUCACUAUUGCGACAGCUUACGAUACAUUAGGGGCCGAGGGAUUGAAACACGCUAUCAACGAAGUGAAUGCAUCCGCAAUUUUCAUCAAUGGUGAUCAACUACACAUCAUGCAAAAAAUUAUCAGUGAUUGCCCCACACUUCGUGUGAUCGUUUACCGAGAAAAGUCAAACGAGGAUCAACUGAACAUGCUGCAACAACAACCUCAGGUGCAGCGCAUUCUCUCUUUCGACGAACUCCUCACUUUAGGAAAGGAGCAUCCUGCACCCACUAAUAAAGCUUGCAGCGAGGAUCUCGCUUGCAUCAUGUAUACCAGCGGAAGUACAGGCAAUCCGAAAGGUGUGAUGCUAACCCAUGGUAACUUGGUAGCAGAUGUGGCCGGGGCUGUACACAAACUGCAGCACUUGGUGGUAGCCAAUGACUCCUUAUUGACUUAUCUUCCACUCGCUCACGUUUUCGAAUUCGUCGUCGAGCAUGUAGCGCUGUUUGUUGGUCUCACAUUGGGCUAUGGAUCCAUUCGCACAUUGACGGAAGCUUCGGUUCGAAACUGCAAAGGCGAUAUUCAAGAAUUUGCUCCUAGUAUUAUGAUCGGCGUUCCCCAAGUCUGGGAAACCAUCCGCAAGACGAUUCUUGCCAAGGUUGCUCAAAGGGGUCCCCGAGUGGAAGCCAUCUUUCACGGUGCAGUCGAGCUCAAAGCUUACCUCGAGAGUUAUGGACUCCCUACCGGUUUUCUUGAUCGCGUCGUCUUCAAAGAAGUCAAGAAACAGCUGGGUGGUCGCCUUCGCUAUGGUAUUUCCGGCGGUUCUCCUUUGUCCACCGAAACACAGCGGUUUUUGACCAUGACAUUGGCACCCAUCGUAGCAGGAUACGGUAUGACAGAAUGCCUAUGCUCUGUUAUGACGCCGGAACAAUUUGAGCUUGGACAGGUAGGCGCACCGUUAUCGUGUGUCGAGGUCAAGUUGGUCGACGUUCCAGAAGCUGGCUAUUUUGCGACGAAUAAGCCGCACCCUCAAGGUGAAGUGUGGAUGCGCGGACCUUCGAUUACCAAGGGUUACUAUAAACGAGAUGAUCUCACAAAGGAGACGAUCACUGAGGACGGCUGGCUUCAAACCGGUGAUAUUGGCAUGUGGAGCGAUAAAGGAACCUUGGUCAUCAUUGACCGCAAGAAAAAUCUCGUCAAACUCAGUAACGGUGAAUAUAUCGCCCUCGAAAAGAUGGAAAGCGUAUACAAAUCUUCGCUUCUUGUUGAGAAUAUCUGCGUUUAUGCCGACUCGUUAUACCCCAAACCCGUGGCUCUUGUAGUCCCUAUUGAGUCUCAGUUACGAACGCUCGCUGCUCAACAUCAGGUUACCAUUGAUGACUGGCAAGAACUGUGCAAGCAUGAUAAAAUGCGUAAAGUCGUAUUACAAGUCUUGCAAGAACAGGCCCAAUCAGCGGGACUCAAAGGCACAGAGAUUAUUUCCAAUGUCUGGUUGUGUGAUGAGCUGUGGACAACCGAAAUGGAUCUGUUAACCCCUGCUCAAAAGUUGAAGCGUCAUGCGAUAUGUAAAAAGUACUCAAAGGAACUCAAAGCCAUGUAA